AUGGAUUCACAUCUACGUUAUCUAGAUGAGUUGAUCCUAGCCAUCCAAGAACUAGGCUUCGACCCGAAGGAUCGCAAGAACAACGACUCACUAAUAUCCCCCACCAUUGCUUCAAAUGAGGAGGAUGCAAAGAAUUGCAAGAUUCUAAAUACACUAAUGGAAAAUUUACAGGAGGAUUCAGAAAGUUCUAUUAUGAAAAAUGAUGAAGUCUUCGCUAAAACUCUUGAAGCAUUAGAUUCGUUGCUUACUAAGAGACCAUACCUGCUAUAUCCACCAAGCAAAUUAGCAGUAGGAGAAUAUAAAGGGAUCGUGAAUCUUAUGGAUAAAUUUCUCGAGGUUUCAAUAGUCAACUUUGAUAUCAAGCAUCGUCUAUGGUUUUUAAGGAAAAAGCUUGGCACAUGGUGUAAUAAAUGUUCAUUACUCUAUGGUGAGCGCAGCAAACGAGCCAUAGCCUCAUAUUUGAAAACCAAAUUGACUGAUACCGAAAAACAUGCUGUUACGGUGCUUUCAGGGCAAUGUGAAACACCUCAAUUUUUCUCUAGCCUCAAACAAAUAUGGAUCUUAUCGUAUUGGCUUUGCUCGCCUGCAAAUAUAUUUGGGAGAUCAUUACUUUAUUUAGAUUCAUCAAUUGGAAUGAACAGAUGGGAUCUUGAAUUCCAGAGAUUAAUGAGAAUUAUAUUCUACUUAUUUAAUUCUGUCAAUCUAAAUUCUCAGGAAUACCUGAAGAUACAACGGCGAUAUCUCUCUUUAAUAGUAUCGUAUCUAUCCGUUAACUCAACCAUUUUUUCCGAGAGACAAGGGCCGGCAAUCAGCUCAACAGAUCAACUAAGGUUUGUCCUAACAAUAUUACACGAAUUUUAUCAGAAUAAAUACGGAAAUUCACCAACAACUUCCACAUUUGCUAAAUGUAUACUUCGGACGUAUAUAUUGUGCAUUUCGUUGGAUGAAAAAAUUAGAGAUGAUUAUCUCAUUACAUUUAUGGAGUACUUCCCCCUGGUACAAUGGCCUGAUACUGGCACACCUUUAAAUGAAGAUACGGGAAGAGAUGUUCACCUUAACCCUCAUACAUUCCAUGCAUUACUAAUAAUAAAUUUUGAUAUUCGAAGAAGGUUAUCACCACAGCAAUUACUACGAUAUGAUACAAAUAAUAAGAUUUGGACAGUAGACUCCUCUCACAACUUUAUAACAAAGAAAAUAAAUGAGCCAUUUCCUGAGAAAGAGCAACAACUUGAAAAGCUACGAACCUAUAUAAUUUAUGGGUUCCAUAAUCCAAGCACUAAAUCGACCCUGUCUACGACAGUUAGUGCUUUACAACCAGGAAUUUUGAAUAGGGUAAAAAAUAGUCCCGAAUUGCUUUUUAACGAGAUUUCUGUUUCAAUACAAACCUGCUUAACUACAAAUAACAUAAAACGCCUUAUUUUAUGGAUAAAGGUUUUAGGUAGCUUAACCUGUUUGGAGAGUCAUUUGAAUGUGAAGCGGGAAUCACUUGAACAUUGGACAAUCUGUACUAUGUGUGACUCAACCGGUUCAGGAUUGUCUUUUUCAAAGAUUGACUCAGAUAGACAUAGUGCUAGCACUCAUUCUCAUGCAUACCAGCUACUCAAAAAGUAUUUUCUCAAUAACGCAUCUUUAGAGUGGAACGAAUCCGUAGUGGCGGGUAUAUUAUUCUGUCUCCAAAGAAUUUUUAUUCACUUUAAGCCACCAGAUUUAGUGCUUGAUUCAAAUUCUUCAAAUGUGCUUUUCAACUUCAUGAAUAAAUGUUUCACAGAUCGGAGUAGGUACAUACGGCUAAUUUCUACUCGGCUAGUACCUUUAUGGAAUAUCAAUGACAUGAACUAUGGAACUGAUCAACAUACUGCAUCUCUUGUUAAAUUUUUGCAAAACAAUAAUCGAGAGACAAGUAUAGAGACAUGGACUAUGGGUUGGGCUCAACUAGUAUGUACUACAUCGGGAGAUCUAUUUGAUACACUUCUCCUUAAGUUAAUUGAUAUAUUUAACUCCGAAGACUACGCUUUACAAAUAAUGAUAACGUUUCAGAUAAAAAAACUGGCAGCUCAAUUGAAGAAGACACCAUACACACUUCUAUCCCCGAUUCUUCCUAUUCUAUUGAGACAGCUUGGAAAGUCUUUGUCAGUGAAAAAAUAUGCCUUCCAACGAUUAAAUACAUUGUUGGGAUAUUCUGCCAAAACUAUAUUAGAAAUGUUUCAAAGAUACAUUGUUCCAUAUGCGAUCAUGCAGUAUAAGGAGGAUGUUUUUAGUGAACUUGCAAGCAUAAUGUGUGAAAGAGACCCAAAACUUCUUGAGCGGCAAAAACUAUCUCUUCUAGAGAAAAAUAGUAGACAGAUUUUUGCAGUUGCACUGGUAAGGCAUGGACUUUUUUCGGUGGAAACACUUGAGACACUUUUUCUUAACCGUCUUCCGUCAUUUGACAAACGUUACAUUUCCUCGUAUUUACCCGACUACAAAACAUUGGCUGAAGUGAUUAAAUUGUACAAGAAUAACGAAGAAGAUGAUGCUAGUGGUUCUGGAAAUAAGAAUUCCGUCCUGUUCUCUCUUCGGUUUCUGAUUACCAAUUUUGAAAGGGAUAAAAGGCAUGGCACUAAGUACAAGUUAGCCUCCGAAUGGUCAGAAACUCAAGAAGCUCAAUUUCAAAAGCGAUUACAAGAUAAUGUACUAGGUAUAUUCCAGGUAUUUUCAAGCGACAUCCAUGAUAUUGAAGGACGGACUACUUCUUAUGAGAAAUUGAGAGUUGUAAAUGGUAUUUGUUUUCUCAUUAAAUAUGCCUCACAUAAAUCGAUCAUAUCCGCCUUGGCACAAAUUAGUAUUUGCUUACAGACUGGCCUCGAAAUUAAAGAAGUGCGCUAUAAUGCAUUUAAAUGCUGGUAUUUACUAAUUGAUGCACUAACUGACGAAGAGCUGUCAACCAUUAUUGAUGGCCCAGUUUCAUUUAUACUUCAAAAUUGGAAAACUUUUGAUCUUGGACUUCGAGGCAUAAUAUUCGAAAUAUUGGACAAAAUCAUUAAAGAGAAGCAAUUGUUGACUAGAGACUUAAAACCAUACAUUACGUUUGCCUUAAUCGGGAAGGAGGAAUUGAAUCUUUCGGCUAGAGACGGUUAUUUUGUUCGAACAGCUAAUAAGAUUCGUGGUAAUGUAGAAUUUCUCCCAAUUUUUGCAGAUAAUCUAAAGAGUAACAAUAAGUAUGUCAUUAAUCAGAAUUUGGAUGACCUCGAAAAGUAUUUGCAAAGAAGACAAAAAGAAGAGACAUUAAAUUGCUUUGGUGCAGACCAUAAUAUAACAACCAUCCUAGAUGCUUUAUUGAGAACUGCCCAACAUUUUAGAACCAUGGAUGAUUCUAUAUGUGAAAAAUGUGCCAAAUGCAUAAGUAUAAUUGGAUGUUUUGAUUUAACAAAGAAUGAAUUAACAAAAGAAAAAUCAAUGAAUGACGAAAUUUUUGAUUUUACGGAUGAAACCAACACUAUCAAAUUCUUAGUAUGGGUCCUUAAUGACAUCCUGGUACCUGCCUUUUGGCAGAGUGAGAAUCCAAGUAAGCAACUUUUUGUUGCUCUUGUUAUGCAAGAAUCAUUAAAGUAUUGUGGGCUAAGUAGUAAAGUAUGGGAUAUUAAUAAAAUGGACCCCAUGUCAAAUGAAGGUAGAUUAUGGAAUAAGUUCAAUACUAUCUCAAAGACAACGCUAUACCCAUUACUAUCAUCCCUCUAUCUGGCACAGUCAUGGAAAGAAUAUGUUCCACUGCAAUACCCAUCAUUAACGUUCAAAGAUGGGUACCGUACUUGGAUCAAAAGUCUUACCCUAGAUUUGUUGAAAACUGGAACUGAAGAAGAACAUCCGUUACAUGUUUUCUCGUCGUUAAUCAGAGAGGAUGAUGGUUCUCUCUCGAAGUUUCUUCUACCAUACAUCGCCACAGACAUUAUUAUCAAGGCUGACCCAGGAUCAGAAUAUGAAAAGAUCAUGAAAAACCUUGUUCUCGAAUUUACCUCAAUUUUCACCUUCGAUCCCGUUGGUCUUAACCAUCUUCAGCUAGAUUCACUUAAAUCAUGCUAUGGGACUAUAUUUAAAGUUUUUGAAUAUGGAAAAAAAUGGAUAACUAAUUUCAAACAGACAUAUAACAUAAAAAAUGGGUCAUUCAUUAUCAAAGAAGAGAAGUAUAGCAAGCUUUUAGCUAGAGUUGAAUCGUUUUUAUCAUCCAUUGAACCAUCAUUGUUAGCUCAACGGUCUUUGGAAACGAAUUCUUUUGAAAGAUCUGCCUUAUAUCUAGAACAAUGUUAUCGUCAAGAACGUGUUAACCAGAUUGUAGAUAUCGGGUUAUUGAAAAAUUUACAGAGAACUUACGAAGAAAUAGGUGACAUAGAUUCAAUUGAUGGUAUGUUGAAAACAUUUUCUACAGGAAAUUUGAUCUCAAAAAUAGAAGAACUACAGUAUUCAAAAAGUUGGAAAAUGGCUCAAGAUUGUUUUACUGCGUUAAGUGGGUUUUCACAUGAUAAUAUCAAUACAACAAAAAAGUUGAAGUCAUUAUAUAAUCGCCAAUUGUACUCCCAUGUAUUGAACAACCUUUCUUUUAUAACGAAAGACCCACCAAUGGAAUUAGAUACAAACAUAUCGGAGUGGUAUCGUAUGGGAAUUGAAUCUGCUAUUCUCGAAGGAGGAUAUAACCAGCUAGAAGAAUGGGUUACAAACAUUGAAACCCUGAAGCACGUUAACGAUCCUGAGCUAGUGUUACAGUAUAAUGUUUCGAAAGCUCUCCUCUUUGUUAAAAACAAAAAUUUCAAACAAAGUCAGCUCUACAUUAAAGACUGUUUUAAAUUGCUUGGAACGCAUUUCACGUCUUCCUCCAAUGCUACUACUUUGAUAAAGAAGCAGGGGCUACUGUUGAAAUUACACGGUUUAUAUGAUAUCUUGUUACUUUCUGACGCGAAUAAGUUCCAAUAUGAAGAUAAUAUGUCUAUACUUGAUUUACGAAGAAGACGUGUCGGUGCGUCAUUUGAACCAAAUCAUUAUUUGUUAUCAAUUAGGAAGACAUAUGAAUUAUGCAUGGUAAAUGACAAUACUAAGAAAGACUUGGGAGAUACUUUUUUCAAGAUUGCUCAAUUGAGUAGAAAUAAUACCAGGCUAGAUAUUGCAUGUGAAUCCUUAAUGUACUGUCUCGAAAAUGCCCACCCACAAGCUGAAUUAGAAUUUGCUGAAAUCUUAUGGAAGCAGGGAGAGAAUGAUAGAGCUUUAAAAUUGGUAAAGGAGAUUCAUGAAAAAUUCAGAAGCGAUCCAACUGUCUCACAAAGGGACAGAUCAGAGGUAUUAUUAAAGUAUACAGAGUGGUUAGAUCAAUCAAACAACUCAGCUUCUGCACAAAUUGUGGAACAAUAUGAUGAAAUAUUUAAGCGAGAUGGGGACUGGUACAAACCUUACUAUUCGAUUGGACUUUACUUUAGUAGAUUACUUGAGCGAAAGAAGGCGGAGGGAUAUAAGACUAAUGGACAAUUAGAAUAUAAAUCUAUUCAACAUUUCUUGUUUGCGCUUCAAAAAAAUACCAUUAAGGUAAGAGAAAAUUUGCCUAAAGUUAUUACCUUCUGGUUGGACAUUGCCUCCGAAUCUGUUAAAGAGCCAGUAGGUAGUAGGAAAGAGAUGCUAAAGAGAGUAACAGAUGAUAUUUGUAAAGUUGUUGAAGGAUCCUUAGUUAAAUGUCCCACUUAUAUCUGGUAUACCGUCUUAACACAGCUGCUUUCAAGACUAUUGCAUAACCAUUCAAAGACUGCUAAACUGAUAGGGAGCAUUCUUCUUGCAUUGACUAAGAAGUAUCCCUCGCAUAUCUUGUGGUAUAUAUCUGUACUGUUAAACUCUUCUUCUAAGGAAAGAACCAUAUGCGGUAGAAAUAUUAUUGAAGAGUUUAGCAAAGAUUCAUCGCAAAAUCAAAAGUUGAUAACAGAAUCAAUUGAUUUAACGUUAGCCUUAACGAGAAUUUGUAUACAAGAAGUGAAGUUGACACCAAACCGCUCUGGGAGAUCGUUAGAGAAAGACUUUAAGUUCAACAUGAAGUUGGCCCCAUCAUCUAUGACAGUCCCAAUAAGAUUAAAUCUAGAGAUGUUAUCACCAGUAUCAGCUGAAAAUUCCAAAUCGUACAAACCUUUUAGAAAUGAUAUAACGUUCUCUAAUUUUGGGUCUUCGUACAAAGUUUUUUCAUCUCUCAAGAAGCCCAAACAGAUUAAUAUACUGGGGUCAGAUGGGAAUGUCUAUGGUAUUAUGUGUAAGAAAGAAGAUGUUAGACAAGAUAAUCAAUACAUGCAAUUUGCAACCACCAUGGAUUUCCUACUAAAGAAAGAUGUAGAUUCAUUGAAACGAAGUCUGGACAUCACGACCUAUUCGGUUUUAUCACUAAGGGAAGAUUGUGGAUUGCUUGAAAUUGUCCCUAAUGUUAUUACUUUACGUUCAAUUUUCCUUACGAAAUACGAGAGUUUAAAGAUUAAUUACAGUUUCAAGGCGUUACACGAGCAGUGGCAGCACUUAGAAGAACCGGAGAAAAUGGAUUUUUACAAGAAGCAACUGAAUAAAUUCCCACCUGUGUUAUAUCAAUGGUUCUUAGAAAAUUUCCCAGAUCCUAUAACUUGGUUUAAUGCACGUAAUCGAUAUGCAAGAUCCUAUGCUGUGAUGGCCAUGGUGGGUCACAUAUUGGGACUAGGUGAUAGACAUUGUGAGAAUAUCUUAUUAGAUAUCGAAUGUGGGAACGUUUUACAUGUGGAUUUCGAUUGUCUUUUCGAAAAGGGGAAACGUCUGCCCAUCCCAGAACUUGUCCCCUUCAGACUUACCCAGAACCUCUAUGAUGCCCUGGGUAUAACUGGUACUGAGGGGACAUUUAAGAUGUCCAGUGAAGUGACGUUGGCAUUGACAAGGAAGAAUGAAAUUGCUCUAAUGAAUAUCAUUGAAACUAUUAUGUAUGAUCGUAACCUUGAUAACUCGAUUCAGAAGGCCUUGAAAGUGGUAAGAAAUAAGAUUCGUGGUAUCGAUCCCAGAGAUGGAUUAGUCCUGAGUGUUGCAGGACAAGUAGAUACGCUGAUCCAAGAGGCCACGGUGGACGAAAACCUGGGGAUGAUGUACUUUGGGUGGUUGCCUUUCUGGUGA